UCUGCGCACGGGCGGAGCUACAGACCCGAACUACCGGGGGUCCCCACACCAAGUGGUGUGUUGGAGUAUGCGCUCUUUCGUGGGCUCACCAGAGCCCGCAUCUUAGCAUGGUUGCAUGGAGGCCAGGCCCAGUUUUUACAAUGGAUCUGUGUCGGUGGUGGAGAGAGUGACACAUUUGGCUGCAAAGAACAGUGGUGAAGCUGCACAAACGUGUCUGGUUGUGUUCAGGCGGCAGGUUGGUGGUUGGUCAUUAGCAGUGAGUGAUGGAUGCCCUCAUCAGUGCGUGAAAUACAGAUCUCUUCAGAGUUGGACUCCACGUACUUCCUCCGUGUGGACUGGAGGGGGCAGAGUUUGGGUUCAGGCUUCGAGAUGCUGCUGACUGAUGGACAGGAUGCCUGGAGAGGUGAAGUCAGUGAGGCAGCUGUAAGCCAGGAGGCAGAGGAGCUGGAGAUGCAGAAGGAGAGGUACGUUCAGGACCUACAACAGGCGCUGACGGGGGCAGAGAGCUCCAUCAGCUACGGCUUCACGCUGACGCCAUCUCCACCACACAGCAGAUCCACUGUUACAUUGGAAUACGAGAAAGUGCAAAAGGACAUUUUGUUCAGUUUGGGCUCCGUUUUGCUGGAGGCCAUCCCAGAGCCGGCGGAGGCAGUGAGGAGUUUACUGAUUCACAGCCUCCAGAGGGGAAAUGCACUGGAGCACCAUAACCAGAGACUGGAGGAGGAGAACCAGAGACUUAGACGAGAGCAGCAGCGUAUCACAACAGAACUGAAGCGUUAUGCUGGUGGUAAAGAAGCCCUGGAGGCAGAGCUGUACUCUCGGUUUGUCCUGGUCCUGAACGAGAAGAAGGCCAAAAUUCGCAGUCUGCAGGAGGCUGUCACACGUCUCCAGGAAGCGAGUUCUGAAAGACCGAAAAAGGAGGAUUCGGUGAAACCACAGUCAGAUCAGGGGGAGCGAGAUGCUGAGGAGGAUGACUAUGGAGGAAGCACGGACGAGGAGCCGGAGGGGGCGCCGUCAACUCUGGAGACCACCACCCCGAGCUCCCUGGAUGACAGCCUGAAGGACCUCACAGACGUGGCCCCCUGUCGCAAGCGGCGCUUUCGUCACCUCGGCGCCCCCGACCCCGCCAUCAAACGGCCAAACCCACCGACCUCCCAGAGAAAGAGCGGCAUCCCUGCAGGAUCCAGUAAGCAGCAGACGCCCCAGCGCUCCGCAGAUGCUGCGGCAGCAAGUUCGGCAGCAGAGGACCUGUUUGAGGACUUUUGACCCUUCACUUCCCGGACGACCCUGUAGAGAAACAAACCUGAUUGCAGCACUGGUGUGAAAUUCUUAUACUGGGUGAAUGAACCUUUUGAGUGUAGUAUAGUUAAGUAACUGUAAUGUUUGCGCAGACGUACAGCUGGGCGACAAAUUUUAUGAAAAACUGAACACUUUUUCACACAUGCUCAUGGGCAAAUUUGCCCAAAUCUGUUCCCACAGUCUCUGUUUAUGAAAUGUUCAGUCAAGAAAAAAAAACUUUUAGCUGACACAUCCUACUACGUCUGUCUUCUGUGUUUGCGUCGUCAGCUUUAACUGAAAAGAUGACUAUCCCAUCUUCAUCAACAAUUUUCAGCUCUGACGAGAAAAAAGAGCUUUGAUCCAACCACUUAACAUGCCUGUGGACACAGUUUUGUCUUCUCACUUUUCUGAACUAAACUGCAUCUGAUUAUCUUGUGGGGUGUAUUUGUUUGUUUUGUACCAGGAAAAAUGUUGAUUCAGUUUUUCUGACGCUUUCGUUCUUAUUGUGUUGUCAGAGACGUUUCCCAUAUGCUUUGAGGAACACCUGAUUCCCUUGUAACACUCAUUAGAUGCUCAGCAAAAUGAGCUGGGCUGCAGGAUGUAGCUUUUCAAUCAAAUGAUCACCAGGAAGUACAAAGUGCUGAGCUCUCAUUACAAACAGGAGAUCAUGAUGUUGUCCUUAUUACUCACAAGCAGUUGUCUUUUUGAAUGUACAUGUUUCAUUGAAUUAAAAAGAAGCACAUUUUUUAAAAUAUUUAUUAGCGAGUUGUACUGAAGAAUUUGCAGUUUUUAUACAUUUACUUAGUUAUUCACCUAUAGUUGUGCAGAAUCAUAGUAUAUUUUAAAUAUAAAAAAACAUUUGACGUCUACCAAUAAAUGAUGUAAACAUAA